GCGCACACCACUUCACUCUUGGAACCUUCCCUUGUGCACUACUUUUACACAUCUGACGCCUCCUACGCACUCUUUGCGUUACCCCUCUACACAGGAACAUCAUCAGAAGGUACUCCUCACAUCAGCCACCACGCUUCGUGAACUCACGAGCUGGUUAUUUGUCGCCAACAAUGGGACCAGUUAUUCAGAUCCUCAUUCUCGCCCUAUGUCCCUUGAUAGCUGUCGCAGCACCUCAAAUGCUACUGGCAACUAUGGCAAAUUCUCCGACUACUGCAUGUACCCGUUGUACAUUGACAGGGCCGAGAGCUCCAUGGCAACCUUUGAUGCCGACUGUUCCUCCAAGAAGAACGGAUUCCACUACAUAGGCACCGAGCUGGCCAAAUCUCAGCUCGACUUCAACGACUGCUUCAUGAACGACGAUGGGAACAUGGUACCUCACCAGGGGCAGGCACCCCACCUCCUCAUGACCCCCCCCCCGAACAACAAAAACAAGGCUGGCGUGACGGUUGCUAGUGCCAUGUUUGACAUUGCUACCUGCUGGUCUGCCCGUCACCCAUCACCCAACGGAGACACCGUUGGCAAAUUCCAGGGCUGCAACAAGAACGGUGCAAUACAGCACAUUCAAGUGUGUUCUACUUGA